AUGCUGUGCUCUGUGGGCCUAAGGGAACCCAUUUUAAGUUCAUUAAGAUGCAGUUAUGUUAAUUUAUACCGGAGAUACUCCUCUACUAAGGCGUGCGAUCCUCUUCGAAUUCUUUUCUGCGGCUCUGAUGAGUUUAGCAUUGCAUCGUUGAACGCGCUGCACACUGAACGUGUGAAGGAUCCAGAUACAAUUGCAUCUAUUGAUGUAGUAUGCCGGCCCGUACCAAUUAAAGCUGUUGCAACCGAGCUUGCCCUCCCUAUACACGAAGUUGAUACGUUUACAAAGUGGGCGCCACCAAAGCCACGAGGAGAACCCAUAAACCUGAUAAUCGCGGUUUCGUUCGGGCUUUUUAUCCCUCCUAGAAUAUUAAAGGGAGCUAAAUAUGGAGGUCUUAAUGUUCAUCCUUCAUUGUUACCAGAGGGGGCCGCUCCCCUUCACCAUACCUUGUUGGCCGGCGACAGAACGACAGGAAUCACAUUACAGACAUUGGACACCGCUAGGUUCGACCAUGGGUUAAUACUAGACCAAACGCCCGCUCCAGGCUUUCCAAUCCCCGAUCCUGAUUCCUGCGAUCUCCCCCGGCUGCUGAAAUUGGUGUCUACGAAGGGGGCAGAAAUGCUUGUAAAAGGGAUUAGGAACCGCGUAUUCGUUCCUCCAUUAAACCCAAUACUCCGUCAAUCGCCAGUUGAGGAAAGUGCACUAAGACCUGCAAAGAAGAUUAAACCUGAGGAUCGUCAUAUCAUAUGGAACACUUGGAAUUGGGAUACUCUUCGUCGUCAUCAGAUUGUUCUAGGGGCACUAUGGAGUACAGCCGCAUUAACUCCCGCCACGCCAGGUGAAGAGCAUCUUGUACCGCGGAAACGGAUUAUUUUCGGGACCAUGAAGCCUGUUGAAACUAUACCUGGUAGCAAUGAUGUACCUUCUACUCAGCCUGGGGUUCCGUUUACUUUCAAAGACCCGACAAAAAAGAAGGAAGAUGGGCAAUUAUUUGUGUUUACAAACGACGGAAAGCUUCUCGAAAUAGAAGAAAUGAAAGUCGAGGGGGAGAGGAUGACUUCAGCUUACCGGGCUGCACUAAAAGCUAAACUUGUUGACUCAACAGCAGCAAGAAAUUCAAUAUACAGUUCAUUCCAUGGCCCCCUUCAAUAA